GGCAAGGAGGUGACUUUUUAAUAACUUCUUGGUCUGGGUUUCAGAUUAGAUUAGGCCGUGUGUUCAUGCAGGCAUAUUUCAGGACUAUUGGGGUUCAAGUUCGAAUCCGAUGCUCCCCACGCUCCUGGGAUCGGGACGGUCGGGAACCCGCCCAUCCAGCACAGCGCGCCGCAGCUAUAUUUUAGCUCCAGCUAGCCCAGCCUGGCCUGGUACUGGUUAUAGCGCGCACGAUAGCUAGCUACAUGAAGCAUGCAGUUUGUUAGAGGACUGGGAAAGAGUAGAACGCUACUUCAGAGCCUUAUUAUUUAUCGUUCAUCAGAUUUGCUUAAUUGUACCGGUAUACUGUGCAGAAAUAUGGCCCAAUACAGAGUGGAAAGGGAUACCUUUGGGGACAUAUCGGUGCCUGCAGACAAGUACUAUGGAGCGAUGACGGCACGCUCACUUGCCAAUUUUGACAUCGGUGGUGAGACAGAAAGGAUGCCUAUACCUAUUAUAAGAUCAUUUGCGAUCUUGAAACGUUGUGCGGCUGAAGUCAAUACUGAGUUUGGUUUGGAUGUGGACAAGGCUAACUAUAUUUCCAAAGCUGCAGAUGAGGUGAUUGACGGCAAACUGAAUGAUCACUUCCCCUUGGUGAUUUGGCAAACAGGGUCUGGUACUCAGACUAAUAUGAAUGUGAAUGAAGUCAUCAGUAACAGAGCUAUCAUGAUGAUGGGAGGAGAACUAGGAAGUAAAACCCCUAUACAUCCUAAUGAUGAUGUCAAUAAGAGCCAGAGCUCCAAUGAUACAUUCCCAACUGCCAUGCACAUAGCAGUUGCCUUGGAGAUACAGCAGAGACUGAUGCCUGGUCUCAGCCUCUUCAAAGAAGCAUUGAGGAGCAAAGAAGAGGAAUUCAAGGAUGUGAUCAAGAUUGGCAGGACACAUACACAGGAUGCAACACCAAUGACGUUGGGUCAAGAAUUCAGUGGUUACAGAACACAGAUUGAGAAUGGUAUCCAAAGAGUUAACUCAACCCUACCAAGACUCUAUGAAUUAGCAGCUGGAGGAACAGCGGUGGGCACCGGUUUGAAUACUAGGAUAGGAUUUGCUGAAAAGGUGGCAGCUAAAGUAGCUGAUUAUACUGGGCUCCCCUUCACAACUGCUCCUAAUAAGUUUGAGGCAUUAGCUGCUCAUGAUGCCUUGAUAGAAGUGCACGGCGCCCUCAACGUUGUUGCCUGUAGCAUCAUGAAGAUAGCCAAUGACAUCCGAUUCUUGGGUUCAGGGCCAAGAUGCGGUCUUGGUGAGCUGACCUUGCCAGAGAAUGAACCUGGAAGCAGCAUUAUGCCAGGGAAAAUAAACCCCACCCAGUGUGAAGCUAUCACCAUGGUAGCCGCUCAGGUCAUGGGCAACCAGACAGCAGUGACUAUCGGAGGAAGCAACGGCCAUUUUGAACUCAACGUAUUCAAACCCAUGAUGGUGGCUAAUGUCCUGCAAUCUGUAAGGCUGCUGGGAGAUUCCUGUACAUCCUUCACCAAGAACUGUGUGAAUGGUAUUCAAGCUAAUAGAGAGACUAUUGACAGAUACCUUCACGAAUCACUGAUGUUAGUGACUGCCCUAAACCAGCACAUUGGGUAUGACAAGGCUGCCCAGAUUGCCAAGUAUGCUCAUCGAGAAGGAAUCACGCUGAAGAAAGCAGCCGUUUCAUUGGGUCACCUUACAGAGGAGAAGUUUGAUGAGAUAGUACGCCCAGAACUCAUGCUAGGUCCCAAAUGAAGACAACAAGACAAACUUACCUUAAAUGAAAAAUUCUUGUCUCUUUACAAUGUAAGGCAAAAGGGUGAAUAUGUAUUUUUUAUCAGGGAAUACAACAUAUUAUUUGUAAAUUGCUUCUUAAUAUUUACUUUGUGUUGAAGGCUUUAUGUGCAAGAUCUAUAAAAAGAAAAUAAUAAUUUGAUAAAUCCAUUACAGAAUCAUGAGCAAAAUUCAUUUACACUUUAUACAGCCAUGCUGCGAUGGCACUUUAUUACAUGAAUAUGCAACAUUUUCACAAAUAUAUUUUUGAAAAUUUGAUUUUCGACGUGUGCUACCAACACUAUUGACCACUUAUCAAAGAAGAAAUUUACCAAAUUGUCAUUAAAUACAGUAAAAAGCGUGAUUUAAUCUUCAGUUACCGUAUUUGAAAGUAUUAUGUAAAUAUUCACAUGUUUUGGGGUCAUUCUAAGCAAAACCUUGUGAAAUAUGGGUUUCAUUCUUUGGUGCAAUAAGACCAUCUGAAGCAAAAUUCUCUUUAAUGAGUACCGAGUCUUGAUGUAUAUUUUUUACUUUUCUUGACAUUUAAAAAUUACUUGCUAACAUGCUCUUGUAUGAAAAAUAUUUGUUUGUUCCUCCUGAAUGAAAUUCAGUAUUGUAGAAUGUAGAUAGGUCUCCUUUCUUUGAUCGGUCAAACAGCUAUGAGCAUGAACAUUAUAUUUGAACUUUGAACUUUGACCUAUAUAUUUUUGAACUAUUAAUAAGUUGGUAGAGGUUUGUAGUAUUGUACUGAAAUAGAUCAUUGUAAAAGUGUCAUCAAUUGACCAGCAUGAAAAUCAUGAUCUCCUAGAUACCAUUUGUGAAGAAAAAAAAAUCAAAGUUUAAAAAUGUAUUUCAAAUUUUGAACAUUAGUUAUAGCUAUUUGGAAACUGAUUUGUACAAACUGAAAUUAUCAGCUUGUCUAACAAUCGUGGUUGGCCCAUAUAGGGGCAAGGGUUAGUUUGUUGCAUUAUACAAGGUGUACACAAAUUUUACAUUGUGAUAACAAUGAGAAAAUGUGGUUCAGUUCCACUGAUCCGACUUUUGCUCUGGCAUUCUUUUUGUCAAAGGUGUAUGUCUAGAGUUGUCAUUGGGUUUAUGUUAGGUUUUGGGCGAGGGCUAGCUUGGGUGUACCUACAGGGUUGUAUUAGUGUUAGUGACUAGGUUAAAAUGACAUAUUCACAAUCACUUGAAACCUUUAAUAUUUGACAUGUCACAAAUAGGUAUUUAAAAUACUUUUUUGAUAUGUGAUUAAAUUUCAGAGGUUUAUUUGCUUAGUUUUUAAUCAUGGAUGUGCUGCGCUAUCAAGGGCUGAAUAAAUACACGGUCACAUGUAUAACAUGUGUGAUUGAAAACAA